CACUUCGCGACCUCCUCACAUGCAGGAAAGUAAACUAGUAACAAUCCGAGUGGAAAGAAGAUUCCCGUGGUUGUCUCACAUUCAGGUGACUGGGUGAAGAUUGUCGUGAGUGGAGUUUGAAUCGUGCGACUCCAACAUGAGUUCGUCGAUGCCUCAGAAGAGGUUCUACAGACAGCGAGCCCAUUCUAACCCCAUGGCUCAUCACUCGUUCGACUAUCCUGUGUGUCCAGAGGAAAUGGACUGGUCCACGCUGUACCCACACGUCCUCACUGGAGACCGGCCGGAGAAAGAGACCCCUCGAGUGGAGUUUGCAGACAUUGGAUGUGGAUAUGGAGGUCUACUAGUGGAGUUAUCUCCACUUUUCCCAGAGAAUCUCAUCCUGGGCCUGGAAAUCCGGGUCAAAGUUUCGGAUUAUGUUCAGGAUCGUAUCAAAUCACUACGUGCCGCUGAACCAGGAAACUACCAGAACAUCGCCUGCCUUCGCAGCAACGCGAUGAAGUAUCUGCCCAACUACUUCACUAAAGGACAGCUCAGUAAGAUGUUCUUCCUCUUCCCUGACCCUCACUUUAAGAAGACCAAGCACAAGUGGAGGAUCAUCAGUCCCACGUUGUUGGCAGAGUACGCCUACACACUGAGAGUCGGGGGUUUGGUCUACACAAACACUGAUGUGGAGGAAGUUCACCUCUGGAUGGUGAAGCACUUCACGGAACAUCCACUGUUUACACGCAUGUCUGAUGAAGAGCUGGUCGGGGACGUCAUCACCAGUCGUUUGGGAACAUGUACAGAAGAAGGAAAGAAAGUGCUGAGAAACGGAGGGAAAAAUUUCCUGGCGGUCUUCCGGAGGAUUGAGAAUUUUAACUAAGACCAAACACUUUGGAUGUGCAGGAAACUGGAGUCAUGGUCUUAUACAGUCAUUCAGACCUGAUCUGCUCGCUC